UAAAAAGAGAUAGACUGCCAAUGUUACCCUUAAUUUGUUAUAAUUGCACCAAUAGGACUCAUAAGUUCCGUAAGACUAAAAAGAGAUGGACUGCCAAUAUUCCCUAUCAAUAAUACACAAAAUAAAAUAAUACGGAGUAAUAAAAAUGUGAGACAUCCAGCACCACAAGAGGACCACGCACAAUCAUCCCUAUACACCGCUGCCACAUCCACCAUCGGCAUCGGCGCCACCGCCGCCACCCACCACCAGAGGUGCCACCCCAGUUGUGACCUCAUCCAGCCUUGCUGGCAGCUGCCGCCAUGUCCGGCGCUAUCGCCGCCACAUCUGACGAUGCCGCUGCCUCAUCCAACACCACCAUGCCUCAUCCAACACCACGAUGGCACCGUCUGGCACCGCUGCCUUCGAUGAGUCAAUCAAUUUAGAUCUUAAAUCUGGUCUGGAAUCUGGUAUGACUACAACUUUAGUGCCAUCUUGCAGUUGUGAUGCAUCUUAAUGACAUUAUUGUCAUCGUGACAGAAAUAAAAUGGCAUUUUCGAAUUAAAAAACAUGACAUUAAUAUUUUUCAAAAUGGCUAGUAUUGCCAUCUUCGUAAUGUUAGUGCCAAAAAAUGGCAUUCAUUCUUGAAGUGACAUUUUCAGAUUCAAAGUAACAACAUAUAUGUAAGGUAAUCCCAUAAAAUUAAAAUAGUUCUGAAAUUAAUUUUCUAUAGAUUAUAUUAAAUAGGGAAAAUAAUAACACUUAUGUCAAUUUCAUAUUAAAAAAUUAAGAAAAAAUCAAACAAUAAAUAUCAAAAUAAACAAAAAAAAAUCAUGAAAUAAAAAAAAAACUAAAAAUUUGGCAAAUAAUAAAAACAGAGAUGGUGGUGGAGGAGGAGGAGAAGAAGAUUCAACCAUACCUUGUUGCCGUCCACUGGUGGCCGCUCAUCGUUCGCCGCCGCUCGCCGCUCCCUGGUGGUCAGAAAUGUGAAGAGAAAAAUUCAUCGUCCAUAGCACUGAAAAUCGUCGGAGAUGAAGAAAUAGAGAUCGGCAGAACAAAAUUAAACUUAUUAUCGAAGAGAAGAGAAAAAAUAGAAAUAGAGAUAUGGAUUUAUGAUGGUUGCAGAUGCAUGAUAAGGGAUGGGGAAGGAGAAAAGGGGUGGGGAAGGAGAGAAAGGAUGGGGAAGGAAAGAAAAGAACGGGAGAGGGGAUAUUGUGUUAUUAGUACUUUUUCAUGUAUUUAUGACGUGUUUGGUUAUAUAUAUUGGAUGUUUAUACUGAAUUUUUAAAACGUGUUUAUGAGCAUUUGUGUCAUUUUGUAUCAUUUUUUACCAAUUUCUGUUUUGUAUGUGUUCUGUAAGUCGCCAAACGGUGAACUGGGACAAUCAGGAUCGAUUUAAGACGGAAAACGAAAAUUUUCGCCACCGGGGGCCGCCCAACCGGCCCUGGUUGGCCAACGACCGACGUCGGUCUGAAACAAAGCAUUUUGAUGUCAAC